CGCGGAGGGAAAGGUAAACAGCAUUGAACUCGACGUGCAGUGGUGGCUGGUCGCACAACCUGUCUGUUUGGACUUUGGUUCUCACAAAGCCCGUCAAAGGCGACAACAGGAUAGAGUGGCCAUACUCAUAGCCCGGAUCACAAUGACAGCGUUUAGGGGCAUCAUAACUCUCAAACACAUUUUCGUCCUCGCAUUUUGUGUGGGAAUUUCCGCCACCUUAGCAAACGCACUCCAAUGGAGGGACUGUGGAUCCGAAGCGACUAUCUUCAAUGUCUUCGUCUCGUCAUGUGAAGAUCAGUCAACAUGCCCGAUGAAGAAAGGAAGCAACGUCUCCUUGGUUGUCUGGUUCGAACCGAACAAGCAGAUAACGAAGGCUACUGCGUCUAUGCGCGGCAUCAUGGCAGGUGUCCCACUCCCGUUCCCUCUCCAGAACCCGGAUGGAUGUAAGGAUUCAGGACUGAAGUGUCCAUUGGUUGGCUACGAAAGCUAUAACUACACAAAUUCUGUCUAUAUGCACGAGAACUACCCGACGGUCAAGUUGUUGGUAGAGUGGGAACUUAGAGACCAGAACGGAGAUGUCAUCUGGUGCAUCCUGGUCCCAGCUAAAAUUAUAAACUAAAUGUAGAGCCCUACCACAAUCUGUAGAGGACCAACCAGGACAGCUGUUAGAUAACGAACCCUUCUCUUAUUUGCCCCUCAGAAUGCACAAUAUUGGAACAUAGAGAGAGGUAUAUAAGGAUAAACCUCUCAAAAGCUCGAUUACUAUCAUCAAGGAGGUUGAAAAUUCAACCUCCUUGCUCUCAUAGAUCUAUAUAGAGAGUACAUAUAGUUUCCAUGACGAAAAUU